UCACUGGCGAACGCGCGCUGUGCAAUACCAAUCAGACUAUCCUCACUUUUUACCCCAACUUCCACGCAACUUCUGAACAAUCAGCGUGCAGGCAUCAGCUCUCCGACGAGGGAUAUCUCAUCUCGCUCGAGAUGGGUAGGGAAUCGUAUGUAGCUGUAAAUUAGGGUGCACUGCCAGUGAAGUUUGGAGCUACACGACCGGUAUUUACAUUGAUCUUUGACGUUGAACCAUCGUAAAUCAAAUAUUCCACAUCGAAAGGUGAUGCUUUGCCUUUAGAAAAGUUGCCAGUGAGUUUUGAGUUGACACGAGACUACGUGCAGCGAGGGAGUCGAGGGAAAACUUCCCCACCGGUGAGCGGAUGACGCAUCUAGGCUAGGCCUACACGAAAAAAAUGUGAUGACUUUCAUGUUUCGGGCAAAUGUGACCUACCUCUAUGCUUGCCAGAAUGAGUUUUAUUUGACGGAAGUCAGCCGAUCUGAUUCUUCAAAACAAGAUCCUUUCGUUUGGAAAUACUAUGGCUCAUUCUGCUUCUCAAUACAAUCUUAUUAGCAUCAUCUCUGAGCAGACGUACAUGUAAGCUUCGGAAUCUGCCUGCUCGCUAUCCCCAAGUCUAACUUCUAUCCAACAGAAGAGAAGUUUAAUAGCGUACAUAAUGAUUGUGAAAUCCAAACAUUUGAUAUAAUUUUCGUGUGGCCAGAGUUGAUCAUUUCCCCCUCCAGGAUCUCUUAUUGGAAAUAUAAUUGUGGAAAUAAAGCAAUAAACAUGGCUUCCAGUCGGAUUAAAGGAAAGACAUCAAAAAGAAACAGUUCGAGUGGGAAAAUGAAAGAUUUGCCACCUCCAUCCUCUGCCUCAAACAACAAUGAUCACAGGAAGUUUGAUCUGUCAGAACUGGAGUUGCUCAAAACUGUUGGUACAGGAACGUUUGGUCGAGUGAUCCUUACGAGGGAUAAGAAGACAAAGGAUUACAUGGCGUUAAAGGUGUUAACGAUAGAAGAUAUAAUUAAACUAAAACAAGAGGAUCACGUGAGAGACGAAAAGGCUAUACUCAGCAUCAUCAAUCAUCCAUUUAUCAUCAAACUACAUUGGACGCACCAUACCGAUACGUUCCUAUACAUGCUCUUGGAAUAUGCCUGCGGGGGCGAACUCUUCACGUACCUCCGGAACAGUGCGCGUUUCAACAACGACACAAGUAAAUUCUACGCCAUGGAAAUCAUAUCUGCAAUAGACUAUUUACACAAAGAAACCAUUGUAUAUAGAGACUUAAAACCAGAGAAUAUAUUAUUGGAUUCUGAAGGUCACGUGAAGCUUACAGAUUUCGGGUUUGCCAAAAAGCUGGUUGAUAACAGGACGUGGACGUUAUGUGGGACACCGGAAUACCUUGCACCGGAGAUCAUCCAAAGUAAAGGGCACGGGAAGGCUGUAGACUGGUGGGCUCUUGGUAUACUCAUCUAUGAAAUGUUAGCAGGGUAUCCUCCGUUCUAUGAUGAGAAUCCAUUUGGUAUUUACGAGAAGAUCUUGGCUUGUAAGAUAGACUGGCCUCGCUCAAUAGGAUCUAAACCAAAGAAACUAAUCCAGGGUUUACUGGUAAUAGACAGGACCAAGAGGUUAGGCUGCAUGAGGGCGGGCUCCAAUGACAUCAAGAAUGCUGAUUGGUUCGAAUCCGUCGACUGGGAGAUGGUUAGACAAAGACAACUCAAGCCUCCAAUUGUUCCGAGGCUAACCCACCCUGGUGACACGAGUAAUUUUGACGAGUACCCUGAGGAGGACUGGCAAUCGGCAGCUUCUUCUGUCAAGGCAGAUGUCCUCAAACUCUUCAAAGACUUUUGAUGGCACCUGUACCCUCUGCUCCGGAAGGGGCAUUUUGAACUCUUAAGGAGGAUUGACUCGAUAAACAUCUUUAUACCCAACCUAUCACGCCUCUUGGUACUGGAUGUUCCUGAAACGACAUGCAGGACACUCAAGAUUUCAGUGGUACAACGUUAAUCGUUUCCUUGGUGCAGUUGUGACAAAGGCCCAUCAUGGCAAAAUUUGGACAAGCCCAAUUGGCAAGUUUAGCCUCUUACGCCAGUGGCAGACAUGGUAGAAUGUACAUGUACUCCUUGAUCUUCAAACUUGAUUUAUGACAUGGAUAUAGAAAUUUUGAAGGCCCUGAUUAUGCAAACCUAAGAUAUGGCACAAAGGUUCUUAUGUUCAUGAUGCGAGGGACAAUGUCCUCCAUAAAGAGCCACAAGAGAAGAACCUGUGAAACAAGGAGUGAACAGUCAUGUAGUUACUUCAACUUAUAAACAUUUUAUGAAAUAUCGUACUGUGUUUUUAAAAAAUGACACUUUUGAAGAGAUCGUGACUUCGUUGAAACACUACAAAUGGCCAAUGGUAUCAAGUAUGAAGAAUUGACUGAUCUAGUAUGGGUACAAUUCUUUCUUGAAGCAUGGAGCGUAUUGCUAAGAUUACCAGGAACAUCACUGGAGAGCCUUCGGAGAAUGAAAGGGACCUGAAAAAAAGAUGCAGAUAUUGCUGCAGCAUCAAGGUUUUAUCAAGUUGUGGUGUCCUCUACGUGUUGACUCUCAUAUCAGAAUUUAACAGAGUUAUAAUAUAUCUGUCAUAAUUGUAAAUGAUAAUUUACACAGAUGAAACUGAAAUCAGGCCUACAGUUAAUGUGCAGAAAUCAUUAAAGUAGAUUAAAGGCCAAGAUUUUGUCAUUGCUUAUCAGAUUGAUAACUUAGCUUGAUGAUUGUCAAAAGUACUAUGAAGACAUAUUUUCAUGAAUCAGGCUUGGCUCAUUAUUAAAUAAAAUAUAGAUGUUUGAAAGUCUUCCCUGUCCUUGCAAUAACCUUCCAAACUUUUAUACAUGUGAAGCUGCUUCAAAAGCUACUUGUAAAGUUAUGCAUGAUUUUACGAUGACUGGAACAUAUUCUUAUACUAAACCAGACUGUCAUUUUAUUCUUCAUCCACAAAAGUUUAAAUACAAUCCUUGUAGAAGAGAAAUUCUAGUUAGCAAGCAAUUCAGUUCAAAAUUCAGUAUUAUCAGAAUUGGCUUAUUAUUUUAUGAAAUUCACUCCUGUUUUAUGUGAAGACCAGAGAAUGUUUUCACUGGAACAUAUACCAGUCUUUUGUAAAAUUCAUGCAUAACCUUAUUAAUUGCUAUUCAUAACAGACUUCAGGCACAUCUAUCCAAAGAUAAUUUGAAAAGUGUUGUCUUCCAAAAAAAGUCUACAUGGUGACAUUGUUUGUGCCCAGCAAUACUGGUGAUCAAAUCAUGUAAACAUCUCAUGUAGCCCAGCUAUUUUUCCUUCUUCUUUUUUCUUAGCAAAUGUUUAUGAUGCUGGACCUUUAUUUUUUUCAAGGUUUAAUUGGAAAUCUACCUAUGAUUCCAGUAUGUUAUGCAGAUACAUAGAAAUACUUCUUUCCAAGGCUUAACAUAACAUUAGAGUUGCGAAUAUUCAUUCUAUGUCUUGCCAGUCAACACAUUUUUACUUGGAUUUGUUUUCUGCUCUUUUAUUAUCUAUUGAGUAUUGCCUGCAACUGUUUCCAUGCAAAAUAAUUUGCUGCCAUGUAGCUUUCAAGGUAGGUUUUAUUUAGAAGUUUCAUUCAACAAUUAUCCCACAACAAGAUGGGCUCUGUACUAACUUUGAUGACAGAAAAGGGAAUUUGUAUUUGGUAAAUUGUGUGUGUGCAUUUUAAAGUAGUCAAUAUUACCAAAAAAUAAUUAUAUAAUAAUAAUAGAAAAUCUUUAAUGAUGAUAGUGAUAAAUACUAAUAAGUUACCUCAUCCAUUUGCAAACCUUAACCUUUCUAUAAUUUGUCUUUUUUUUUUAAAUAACUUAUUGUCAGGGUGAACUUCCCCUUUAAUAUUUCUCUAACAGAAAUGUUGAUAUUAUACUGAUCCUGAAAGAGUUAAUAAUAAUAUGUAACAUUUAAAGUGCACCUUCUAUCUAGUUUCAGAGGUGCAGAAAGAAAUAUUACACAGAAAGGGGAGGGGUGUUAUUUGAAAUAUGAUGAGAAUAGAUAUGUCUUAAGGUUGGUUUUGAGUGACUCUAUAGACUUGGCAUUGUGUAUUGUUGAAGAGAUUGCAUUCCACAAAGUGGAGCACUAUUAGCAAAAGCUAAUAUUAUAUUUUCAAACACUCCUCAUUUCACAAGAAUUAAUAUGUAGUACUAGUCCUAAAUAAUUUAUGUGUACUGUGGACUUUUUACGAGAAUUUUGUAAUGAUAGACAGUACUAAAGUGAUAUUUCUCUUAAAUAAAGAAAUAAUGAUAACCAUUGUAAAAUGUAUGCUU